AUGUGUGACAACGGGAUUGACAACAUGGAUACGUCUGACUUAGGAGGAGGUAUAAAUUGUACACCUCCAGCGAUAGAAGACUUUCCACACGAUCUUUUCGACGAGAAGCAGAGGCAAGGAGGAGCUGUCGUAGUACACGUGAUCGUUUCGCUUUACCUAUUUAUCGCGUUAGCGGUGGUAUGCGACAAAUUUUUUGUUCCUGCUGUGGAAAAAAUAUGUCACGCACUUUCGAUGUCCAAGGACGUGGCGGGUGCUACCUUUAUGGCUGCAGCAACAUCGGCACCGGAACUAUUCGUAAACGCGAUCGGCACGUUUAUCACCGAAGGUGACAUCGGUGUUGGAACAAUAGUAGGCUCGGCUGUAUUCAAUAUACUGGCAGUACCGGCGUGUUGCGGUAUUGGUGCUGGCAUGGUAGUUCCUUUGGAUUGGUGGCCAGUUAGCAGAGAUUGUCUGGCGUAUGGCGUUACGGUCGCCAUUCUAAUAUGUAUCAUACACGACGAGCGGGUAGAAUGGUACGAAGCAUUAACGCUGGUGUUGCUCUACAUCGUAUACAUCGCGGUGAUGUAUUGGGACAAAUCGUUUCAACGAUGCACACGAUUCCGUACGCAUACCUCUGAUCAAUCGUUAUCGGACGAUCAUCGACACGCGACAGAAGGCAGCACAGAAAUUCGCUUGGCAAUAUCUGACAAAGUGCAACCUGCCGGUGAACAAGCUGAACAUAUAGAUGUGCCGUUACAAAACGGAGGAACGAAAACUCAAGAAGAGAGUCCCGAUCCUAAUUACGAAUACGAAUUGCUGGUCUGGCCGGCACGAGCUGGAUGGAUAAGAAAAACAGCAUGGAUCAUGACAUGGCCGAUUCAUUUAAUCUUCAUGUGUACAAUACCAGACUGCGAGAAGCCGCGAUUCAAGAAUUGGUUUCCAGUAACGUUUCUCAUGUGCAUCAUUUGGAUCGGAUCGUUGAGCUACGUUGUCGCAUGGAUGAUCACGAUAAUUGGCGAUACUCUCAAGAUACCGGAUUCUGUAAUGGGUAUCACUUUCCUCGCGGCUGGUACCAGCGUUCCGGAGGCCGUGUCAAGCGUAAUAGUGGCGAAACAAGGACACGGUUCGAUGGGUAUUAGCAACUCGAUAGGAUCAAACACCUUCGACAUAUUGUUGUGUUUGGGUCUGCCGUGGCUAAUUAAAUCGUCAUUUUCACCGACGCAACCCGGAAAGCAUUACAUCAGCAUAAACUCUGGUGGGCUCGAGUACAGCGCCAUAUCGUUGUUGUCGACGUUGAUGCUACUCUAUAUUGCUUUCGCUUCGAAUAAGUUUCAGCUCGAUAGAAAAGUAGGCCGAGCCUGUUUAUGUAUGUAUGCCGUGUUUCUCAUAUUAGCUUCAUUGAUAGAACUGAACGUAUUCUUCAGGGUAAACUUGCCCACGUGCCAGAGGACGGUCAAGUGAUCGAAAAUCGAAAAUAGAGUCGCUUAAUGAUAUUCGAUACGGUGUUUGCUCGAUCCUCGUACGUUCUCUCGAACUUGCGAGCAACAUUGUGGACCGAAGAAUGCUGUUUUAUAUUAUGCGAAACUACUUCUUCCCCCGUCUCGCGUCUCGUCGAGACUCUUCUUUGUCCCGAACCUCUCUUCGCUCCAUAUCAUGAUUAUUUCCUUCUCGAACCCUGCACUCCCGACACUACACUACAUAUCCUCUCUGUCUGUCACAGAGUCCUAUCCUCUCCUUUUACUCGUCAUGCACUCGAAACUCUCCUCCCUUUCUUCGUCGCGAUCAAAUAGCAGAUCGCCGCGCCGUUUUAUCGUUCUUACCAUUUCCAUUUCUUUCCCACUCUUUCUCUCGCGCUAUCGUCC